AUGAAUUGGUGAGUGAGGGUUCGAAAUUUAUAAAAAUCUUGAUUCAACAAAAAAUUGUCGAAAUCCAAAGUGAAGCUGACGCAAAUUUUGAAGCUACCACAUUUGCGUCAAGAUAAAAAAUUCAAAAAUGUUUCCAGCACCGCUACAUAUUCUUUGGCCGGUUCUCUGGUGCCUCUUCAAGUUCCAAAAAUUUUCGAAGACGAUUUCGAGGAUUCAGAAGAAGAUGAGGAUGAAUUCGAGUUGACCGCAGUUGCCAAUGAUGACAAUUUGAAUUCGAAUUCAAAUUCAAAUUUGGCGCCAAAAGAGUUGCGUCAAAAAUUGUUGCACCACGGAAAAGGUGGAUCGAAGAAACGACAGGAAAAACCACCGUAUUCCUAUAUUGCGUUGAUUGCGAUGGCGAUUUCGGUAAGAAUUUUUCUCAAAUUCAAAAAUCAUGAAUAUUUUGAGCUUAAAAUUCCAGAAACGCCCCGACAAAAAAGCGACACUGGCCGAAAUCUACAGCUACCUUCAGGAGAAUUUCGAUUUUUUCCGCGGCGAAUAUGCGGGUUGGCGAAAUUCGAUUCGACACAAUUUGAGUUUGAAUGAGUGUUUUGUGAAAUUGCCCAAAGAUACUGGAGAAAGGUGAGAUUCUGAUUGAAAUACCGUGUUUUUGCUUGUUCGUUGAAUUCAAAUUCGCCAUUUUCAUAGGCAAUCAAGGAAAAAAACCUAUAAUCAUAUUUUUUCGGUUUUUCGUGAAAAAUUCUCGAGGUUUUUCUAUUUUUUGCAACAAAGAUCUUGAAAUUUGAAGGAUUUUAGCAUUUUUGUGAAAAAACGAAAAAAAUUCACAAACCGUCGUGUUGUCUGCCGUCUCUCUUACGCAUUUCUAUCUCUCAUUUUCUCUCCUUCUCUCUCCUCGUCUCUUCUAGCCGCAACACUCUCUCGUUUAUUUUUUUAUUUUUUUUUUCGUGAAAUCAGGCAAUUUCAUGAUUUUCACCGAAAACAUCAUAUUUGAAUGUAAAACCUAUUUUUUUGUCUUCUUCAAAAAACCUCAAUUUUGCAGUUAUCGCGGACGAAAAGGCCACAAAUGGACCAUCUCCGAUUCCUGUGAAUUCAUGUUGGAAGAAAAUGGUUUCCGGCGGCGGCCACGUGGAUAUAAAGCCCGAAAAACUCGCACCUCUUCCUCAUCAAACUCUUCUUCGGCCGUCGCACAAAAUUCGACGACUUUGUCUAACUCGGCCACAUUAUCGCUGGCCGCUGCUUCUCAACACCAACAAAUGGUAAGAUUUAUUGAGGUUUUUUGAAAAAAAACACCGAUUGUUGGUUUUGCCGGUGAUUUAUUAUUGGGUAAUUAAUUAAUUAGUGUAUGCAGCGGAUGGGAUUUAAUUUUUCUAACAAAAAAAUAUCAGAAAAGUAUUUUUUUUUUUUGCAGUUUGAUUACGGUCUUGGCUCGGAGCUUGGAGAACAUUUGAAAGCGGAUUCAGGUAUGUUUUUUCGAAUUCCGAAUUUUUAUAAAGUGAAAAUGUUUCAGUUGCCAAUUUGCCAUCAAUACAUCAAGCCUAUGCAUCGCAUUACUUCGGUUAUAAUUCGACUGAUAUUUCGGGAGCACCUUGGAGUCCACAGUGAGUUUUUUUUUGAUUUUCAUUCAAAAAAAACUUCUCGAUUUCUAAUUUCACUGUUGUAGCUACGAUCCUCCAACCUGCUGGUAUUAUCCAUCCCCUCGUUCUUCCACCAACGAAUUCAACAAUCCAACACCAUCCACGUCAUCAUCAUCACCACAAAUUUCGCCAUAUUUCUAUCCACCAAUCGCUCCGCCACCCGUACACAAUUUAGCAGCACCACAUCACGAUUUUCUUCAACAAAGUUUCGCCACCGGAAUCAUUCCCGACACCAAUAAUUUGUUUUUGUGA